AUGCAACGAGAGAACACACAUCGCCCAUUCGAUGGAAGCCGAUCAUCCUCAUCCAUCACCUCUCGCACAGAGGCAGCGGCAAAUCUGCCCACAGCCGCGGCCUCCCUGUCCUCCAACCCCCCAACCAACCCUUCCAAAACCCCCAUCUCAUCCGCCCCCUUCAGCCGCGAGAUUUCCCUGCGCGCCCUCCGAAUGGCCUCCUCCUCAACCUUCUUCAUCGUCCCAGACACCUUCAUUACCCGAAACACACACGAUCGCAUCUUCUCUGCACCCGCAGGAGCACCCUUUUUCAUCCCACCAUUAUUAAAAUCCGGUACUUGCGACAUAUACGUAAGAGCCGUCCAGACGAGACGGAACGACGCGCGCGGACACCGGAUGAUAGCUGUCGAAGUGGCAGGCGACAAAUAUUUGACUAUUCACUCAUGUCAGAACCCGAAACAAAUCAAGAAACAACACAUGAUGAAACGCACCACUAACACCCCCGGCCCCAACACCACCCAGCCGGCCGACGCCCCAGUCCCCGAAAAUCUCCGCGACUUCCUCCCUUACCAUCUUCGCGAGUAA